AUGAGAAACAGGAAAAAAAAACACAAGACCCAUCCCUCAUGGCAGCCGAAGAAGAGGGUUCCGGCGGCGGCGGCGGCUGCAGCGGCGGGGACAGGAAGGGCUCGCCGGCGCCAACGAAGUCCGGAGGGGGCGGCGCGGCGAAGUUCCUAGCAGGGAUGCCGUCGCGCGGCAACUUCUCCUCCGGCUCCGUCUCCUCCAGCCUGGGAGGGUUCAGGGUUUACGUCUGCGAGCACAGCACGGAUCCCCCAGAAGGGCAAGUUAUACAAACGGAUUCAACAAAUAUUUUGAUCAGACAUCUCCAGUUGAACAAACAGAAGAGUGAUGCCAAAGAUUCAGGUUCGAGGACUCCAGGGGAAAACACCAGAGGGAAAAGAUCUGCUGCGAGAAGUUUGGAGAUGUUGAAUCCAGCAAAAAGGGCUAACUUGGGUACUUCUUCUGGAUCAUCAGUCUAUGAAGAAACGAUUUCUGGAUUUUCACAGCACACACUGCAAUCAUUUACAGUUGAGAGGUUACGUGCACUUCUACGACAAACUGGUCUCUCGACCAAAGGAAAAAAGGAUGAAUUGAUUGCUCGCUUACGAGAAUCACAGGGUUGACAUGAAGUUCAGAUGUAAUCUUGUUUGGUCGAUCAAAGGGUUACAAGCAAAAUGAGCAUCAGGCUGUACUUGUCGGUGGCUGUUUUGUUUAGACUUAAUUUGAUGUAGUGGCAUACUUCAAAUGGGACUUCUCAAAUAUUAUUUAUAGUCAGAAUUUGUUAAAUAGCGUCCAUCAUGAAUUCCCUGUUUUCGCAUGCGCAGUAGAUUCAGAAAUGCAGGUCUCUGGAUUUAAUUCUAAGUCGCAUAUGGGUCUGCUCAUUUGCUGAGUUGACUCACAUGUUUGUAUUCUGUCU